AUGUCAUUGCAAUUAUUAAACCCGAAUGCUGAAUCUCUAAGAAGGGACGCCGCUUUGAAAGUGAACGUCACCUCUGCUGAAGGUUUACAAUCUGUCUUGGAGACCAAUCUAGGUCCUAAAGGUACUUUGAAGAUGCUAGUGGACGGUGCAGGUAACAUCAAGUUGACCAAAGAUGGUAAAGUCUUGCUAACAGAGAUGCAAAUUCAGUCUCCUACCGCAGUUUUGAUCGCUAGAGCUGCUGCCGCCCAAGAUGAAAUUACAGGUGAUGGUACUACUACUGUCGUAUGUUUGGUGGGUGAAUUAUUAAGACAAGCUUAUAGAUAUAUCCAAGAAGGUGUCCAUCCAAGAAUUAUAACCGACGGGUUUGAAAUUGCUAGAAAGGAAGCGCUAGAACAUCUGAACAAUUUCCAAAUGAGAGAUGUCAACCUAGACAGAGAAUUUCUUUUACAAGUUGCAAGAUCCUCUUUAUCUACCAAAGUGAACCCUGAAUUAACUGAAGUUCUAGCUCCUAUUGUUACCGAUGCAGUAUUGAAUGUUCAAAACACAGAAUCUAACUCUUUGGAUCUUCAUAUGGUGGAAAUCAUGCAAAUGCAACAUUUAUCUCCAAAGGAUACCACUUUUGUGAAAGGUUUAGUAUUAGACCACGGUGGUAGACACCCAGAUAUGCCUACAAGAGUAAAAAAUGCCCAUGUUUUGAUCUUAAAUGUUUCCUUAGAAUACGAAAAGACCGAGGUCAACUCAGGUUUCUUUUACAGUUCUGCUGACCAAAGAGAUAAGUUAGCAGCAAGUGAACGUAAAUUUGUGGAUGAAAAAUUGAAGAAAAUCAUUGAUUUGAAGAAUGAGGUCUGUGGGAUGGACUCAGAGAAAGGAUUCGUGAUUGUCAAUCAAAAGGGUAUCGAUCCAAUGUCCCUAGACAUACUUGCUAAACAUAAUAUCCUUGCAUUAAGAAGAGCUAAGAGACGUAAUAUGGAGAGAUUACAACUGGUCACAGGCGGUGAAGCACAAAACUCUGUUGAAGAUCUAUCACCUCAAGUACUAGGUUUCUCAGGUUUAAUCUACCAACAAACAAUUGGAGAAGAAAAAUUCACAUAUGUGACGGAAAAUAAAGAUCCAAAAUCUUGUACAAUUCUAAUUAAGGGAUCUACUCAUUAUGCAUUAAACCAAACUAAGGACGCUGUCAGAGAUGGUCUGAGAGCUGUGGCGAAUGUCCUAAAGGACAAGGCAGUCAUUCCAGGUGCUGGCUCCUUCUUCAUCGAUGUCUCCAACCAUCUAUCCAGAAGUAACAUGAAUAGACUUGGAGCCAAGGGUAAAACCAAAACUGGUGUUGAAGCUUUUGCCGAAGCUAUGUUAGUUGUUCCAAAGACACUAGUGAAAAACUCCGGGUUUGAUCCAUUAGAUGUGUUGGCGAUGUGCCAGGAUGAAUUAGACGACAUUGAUCCAACGGAGGAUGGUCCUCGUAGAUAUGUUGGUGUUGAUCUAAACAUUGGUGAUUCCUGCGAUCCAACCAUUGAAGGUAUUUGGGAUUCAUACCGUGUUGUUAGAAAUGCCAUCAACGGUGCCACUGGUAUUGCUAGUAAUUUGUUACUUUGUGAUGAAUUAUUAAGAGCUGGUAGAUCUACUCUAAAGGAAGGCCAAUAG